CUGCCCUCUCCCAGCAUGAAAACCCUGAAGAAACAAUGGCAGGAAAUAGUGGGCGCUUACCAAUACGUGCUCACUUUGCUCUUAAUGGGCCCUUUCUUUCCCAUUCUUCUCCUCUUCCUCUUUUUCGCCCCAUUCUGGUCUUUGUCUGUUCUCUGCUUAACCUGGUUUUUCCUGGACUGGGACACACACAACCAAGGUGGACGGGGUUCUGAGUGGGUAAGAAAGUGGACUAUUCGGAAACAUCUAAGGGAUUGUUAUCCCAUCAAGGAAACACUGGUGAAAACAGCAGAGCUGCCCCCUGACCAGAACUAUGUGCUGGUCUCUCACCCACAUGGGAUCUUGGCCACUGGAACUGCCUAUAAUUUUGCCACCGAGGGCAAUGACUUCUCCCAGCAUUUCCUGGGGCUUCGACCUUCAGUAGCUGUGCUGCGUGUCCUCUUCCACUUUCCAGUCUAUCGAGAGUAUGUCAUGUCCUAUGGACUAUGUUCCGUGAACCGCCACAGCCUGGACUUUAUUCUGUCACAGCCCCAGCUCGGGCAGGCUGUGGUCAUCAUGGUCGGGGGUGCCCACGAAUCCCUGUAUGCCAUUUCAGGGAGGCACUGCCUCACUUUCUGGAAUCGCAAAGGCUUUGUACCAGUGCUGAGGCAUGAUGCCUCCCUGGUGCCUGUGUACUCCUUUGGGGAGAAUGAUAUCUUCAGACUUAAGGCUUUUGCCAUGGACUCCUGGCAGUAUCUGUGCCAGACCACCUUCAAGAAGCUCCUGGGCUUUUCUCCUUGCAUCUUCUGGGGCCGGGGCCUCUUCUCAGCCAACUCCUGGGGCCUGGGGCCCUUUGCCAGGCCCAUCACCACUGUGAUGGGCCACCCCACCCCAGCGCCCCAGUGCCUCCAGCCCACUGAGGAGGAGGUUGACCACUAUCACAAGCUCUACAUGGAGGUGCUGGAGCAACAGUUUGAAGAGCACAAGGAAAGCUGCAGUGUCCCUGCUUCUGCUCACCUCACCUUCAUCUAGCCCUGGCCUUAUCCCUCCGUGCCACCCCGCAGCCCCUGAGCCCCUGAGCCCAGUGCACGGAGACCCCCACCUGCUGCCAUGCCCUACUGCACCUGUAAAAGUUAGCUGUUGCACAUCACUACCUCAAAGAAUCCGAUGCGGCCCAGAGAGACUUAAUUCUGCUGCAUGACCUUGCAUAACUCUCUUCCCUUUGCAGGGUCCCUGCUCCAUCUGCAAAUAAGGGCAUCUGCUUAGCUCAGAGCUGUAGGGUGUCAGGGCUGAGUUGGGGGCGGGUAGGCUCUGAGGUGUGGGCAGGUAGGGGGAGAAGAUCGAGUAGAUGGUGGAACCUCAUGAACAAAAGCUGAGCUUGGUCAAGGGUACCUGACAGUAAGGAGGGUUGGAAUGAUCCCUGGUAGAUUAGAUUGGGUUAAGUCCAUGGCUUGAUUCUGCACCCCCUCCUCAUCCUUCCUGUUUCUGCAAGCCCAGCAUUAGGUCAACACUAACUCCUUUCCUCAAUAAGUUAGGACUGUUGUGAAGAUUAAAUUAUUAAGAUUUAAGGAUUUGGAGCUGGGAUUGGCAAAAUACAAGCCCAUGGGUUUACUAUCACCUUCAUCACCAUCACCCUCCUCCCCCUCGUCCUCUUCCUCCUCCUCAUCACAGGCCGGCACCAGUAAACUGAGAGGGUCAGAUUAAACAGCAUAUCGUCAAGCAUCCUUUGACUUUUGUCAGUCCUGUUUGCUUGGCUCUGCAUCUACAUCCAGGACUGAAACAAGAAUAACUUUUUGGAACGUAAUUGAAUGCAAGUGUAUUUAUCUCCCACUGUCUUACAAAAUGUAUUCAGUGGAGGAAUUUCUCUCGUGCCUGGAUGAAAAUCUUGGCAGUCCCAUGACUUCUCUAGGUCAUUCUCAGGUGGUAAGUCCUAUAGUCACUUUUAGUUGGGACACAGAAAUGUCUAGCUGGAGUAGUAAUCAGAACCUCGAGGGCAGGCAUCUCCCCUCUCCAGCGAGGGCUAGCUGCAAGUGGGCUUCCUGCUUGGCCAGAAGUGGCAGCUGGGGCCAAAUGGAGUUGACAGUGUUAGAACUGCUGUCUUUCCUCCCCUUCCCUUGCCAGAUGCUGUGACUAAUCCCCUUGGUGUAGGACUUUGGGGGGCAGGCAAGGGAAAACGGGGCCCUAACUCUCCUGACUGCACUGUCACAAGGUAGCACUGUGUUCCCUGGGCCUCUAGGUCUUUGAAGUCCAUUCUUUUUUCUCCCUGGAGCUCUCAUGGAUUCUUUGGAGUUUCCCCUCUAAGGGCCCUAUGGCAGCGUCUGUGCUUUCUCUGCCUCAUCAUGUACCCCAGUUUUCAGCCCACACACUCGACAUAGGUUUCUCUAUAGGAGCCCCAUCACUCUUUCAGGCUGGGGAUGGGAAGAGGGAUGGAAACACCAGUUCCAGGCUUGGGCAUCCUUGGUCCUGACACCCCUGGAGUGCAACCACUUGUCCUUCCUUCUUCCCUGAAUGGGAACGUCCUGACCCCUACAGUUUGGCCACUCACUUUCUCCAGUGGGCACAGCCUCUAAACACUGGGCACACAUGCAGCUCUUUGAGCCUUGAAGCCUUUUGUCCCUGACCUUUUGGAGGUAGGCCUUUCCCUCUGAGGGUAGGGCUUGCACACUCUCAAAGUACCCCCCACCCCAAGCCCUGCCUUCUCUCUAUCUCCAAAUUCUAAUCCUUUUUGUGGGGAAGGGGCUCAAGAGUCUCUUCUCAACCAUUUUCUUGGAAAAUGUUGCCCAGGGUCUGGUCUGGCCCCUUCUAGAAUGGAGGACCUAUAUUGUAUCUUCAUGCCACAACCCAAACUGCAGUGUUAGCAUCAUGUGUGUUUUUCCCUGAGGUCUUCCAGGGGGACACUGAGGUACAGAGGCACCAACUUCAGUGAGAACUGGCCACAAGAUUUAGGGGUGUGAGCAUUAACUUCUCAAGGCCCUUCUCCCAUGAAGCCCCCUGCCCUUCUUCCCUGUGAGCCAUGGGUGCCUCUUUCUGGAGCAGUGGGGUUGGGCUGGGUGGUGGGUGAAUAAUGAGAACUUUGUAUGAAACUGGGGGUGGUUCCCCAUCAGGUCCCUGUCUGAAAUCCAAAGCCAAUGACGCUGGGAUUGGGGGUCGGGGUUGGAAUUGUCCUGAGGCUGGAGAGGAGUGAGAAAGGCCAGGAAAUGCAGUUAGUAAAUGAAAUUGGCCCUGGAGGCCAAGAUCUGGUCAAAGGGGGAAAGUGUUGCUAGUACCUAUGAUGGCAGUUAGGCAGGUUUCUAGGGAAAGGGGCCAGAUCUGGAGGGAGGUAGAAUCAAGAGGAGAUCAGGCCCAUAUGGGAAACAUCUGUGUGGGGAAGAGACCACAACACACACGAGAAAAGUCCAGGAAGGUCAAGAUCAGGCUUCUGAUGACUGGACAAAGAAGUUGUGUUGUAUUUAUACAAUGGAAUACUACUCGGUGA